UAUCAUUCCUUAUUUCGUGUUUCAGAACAUUUGUAUAGCCAGAUAUGAUUAUCCGGACAUUGCUUGGGCUAGCGACCGUUCAUUUUGUCACUGCAAAUGUGGUUCAGCUUGAUUCAUCUAAUUUCGACACCAUAAUGCAAUCAAAUGAUGUCGUUUUCGUAAAUUUCUAUGCUGAGUGGUGUCGAUUUUCACAAAUAUUAAAGCCUAUAUUUCUUGAAGCUAGUCAGAAAUUCCAGAAUCUCCCACCAGGAAAAGUUGUAUGGGGAGCCGUUGAUGCUGAUCAACAAGCUGCGCUUGCAACUAGAUUUCAAGUGAACAAAUAUCCAACAUUGAAACUCUUCCGCAAUGGAGAAAUUGUUCGCAAAGAAUACAGAAGCCAACGUUCUGUUGAAGCACUUUCGGAAUUUGUCCAGAAACAGCUAGAUUCAAGCAUAGUGGAAGUUCAUAACGCUGAAGAGCUCAAACAAAAACUCGAUCCGGAAAAGCGAAAUGUGAUUGCAUACUUCAGCCAGCUCUCUGGACCUGAAUACGAGAACUUGAAGAAGGUUUCAUCCAUUUUGAGAGAAGAAUGCUCGUUCUUUGUUGCUACUGGAGCGGAGUUCAAUGACAAACUUGCAAGUGGACCAUCUGUCUCGUUCAGAAAGGCAAAUGUUCCUGAGGAAUCUCCGUUAGUUGGCACCAUGCAAGAUUUCAAUCUUUUGAAGCAGUGGGUAAGUGAUAAAUGCAUACCACUUGUACGAGAAAUCACGUUUGAGAAUGCGGAAGAAUUAACGGAGGAGGGACUUCCAUUCUUGAUUUUGUUCCGGCACCCUGACGAUAAAGAAAGUGAGAAGAUCUUCACAGAAGCAGUCAUCAGAGAAAUACCGGAUCAGAAAUCUGCCGUCAACUGCCUUGUGGCUGACGGAAAGAAAUUCGCACAUCCACUGCACCAUCUUGGGAAGCGUGAAAGCGAUUUGCCUGUGAUUGCCAUAGACUCCUUCCGACAUAUGUACCUUUUCCCAAACACCGAAGACAUGAAAGUUAAUGGAAGGUUGCGUCAGUUUGUUCUCGAUUUACACAGUGGAAAAUUGCAUCGCGAAUUCCAUCAUGGCCCAGAUCCAGUACAGCAGGUCACUGAUGCAACGGACACUCAGACAACAAAAACACCCGUGGAGACGCAGCCACCACCAUCAGUAUUCGAAAAGCUCAAGCCUUCACACAAUCGAUACACACUUUUGGAGAAGGAUGAACUAUGA